CUUAUUUCGUAGGACCCACCCAUCUUGACUUCAGCGUUUGGUUGCACAGUGUGCAAUUUCACUUUGUUUUAUUCAACGUUUUGCGUUGGCGAAGGUAAAAAAUAAAUGUCAUAAAUGUCCUUUUGAAGGAAAAGUCCUCUUCAUCGUUUGAUUUGAAGCGCUCGCCCGGACGAGGAUUCGUGUGCUUCUUUCGCUCGCCUCGGUGUUUUACAGAGCGGGAAUCGACAGUCCAUUUUAGUUAGUGCUGCUUUUUUCCUUCUCCCCUGGAAAAGCUCUUGAAACACAGACAUUGUCCCUGCAUAAUGUCAAGACCAGUAAGGAACAGAAAAGUGGUGAACUACUCGCAAUUCAACGAGUCUGAUGAUGCAGAUGAGGAGUAUGGUGACAGUAAGCCCACCAAGGUGCGCACAGCCCCCCGUGAGCCGAAGCAGAAGCGCUCAAAGAAUUCACAGGAUGAAAGUGAGGACUCAGAGGACAAGCUCUCCAAAUCCAAAAAUGAUUCAGCAGAUGACUUUGGUAGUGAUGAGGAAGACAAUGACUUUGGAGAGGAAGAGGAGGAAGAAGAAGAAGAUGGGGAUGGGGAUGGAGAUGGAGGAAGUGAUUAUGAAGAAAAAAAAGUGAAACGAGGAAAGAAGCCCAAGGUGGACAAGCCCAGCAGGAAGACACCAAAAAGAAAACGGGCUGCAGAUGACAGUGAUGAUGACAGGGACGUCAGUCGAAAGCGAACAGUACGCCAGGCAGCCUCCAAGGCGGUGUCCAAACAGAGGGAAAUCCUUCUGGGUGACGGAGGCAGUGAGGAUGAAGAACAGGAUGACCCGGAGGAAGCUUACCUGGACCCUGAUGAGUCUGGCAGUGAUGAGGACUUCCUGGUGGAAGAUGACGAUGACAGUGACUAUGGUCAGUCCAAAAAGAGAAGCAAGAAGGUCAUUCGACGAGGCAGAAUGGACAAGAAGGAGAAGAAAUCUCCUAAACCCAGAUUAAAGGCUACAGUAAACCCCAGCCCAAUGAAAGGCAAGGGCAAAGGCCACAGCAGCACCAAGGCCGUGGAGAAGAGUUCACCCAAAGAGGAGGAAGAAAACGAUCCAGAGAGUCCUUUGGGAGAAGAAGAGGAGGAAGCUGAGAAGAAGACAACCUCUCCUGCUCCCAAGGUGACCAAGAAGGCUGACGGAGAGGAAGAUGAAGAGGAGGAAGGCGACAAUGAAGAAGAGGAAGGCGAAUCGGAGGAGGAAGCUCCCUCUGGGGAAGACUAGACGGUAUCAAGUCCAUUGUUCAAGUUUUUUGCUUUUUUGUUUUGUUUGUUUGUUUUUUUUGGGUGUCCUGACUAAAUGGUUUGACCUCCAUGUGCUUUCAUCACACUCAUCUUCAUCAUGGUCAUCUUCUUUCUCAGCAAGUCCACUCAUGCUUUGAUCCGUCCUGUCAACAAUUCAUCUUCCAAUCUUCCCUCUGCCACAUUACUGUAUAUGUUAUGAAUGUUAAUACAACGUGAAAAGAAUGAUUUGAUUUCCUGGAAAGACGAGAAAAAGAGUGUGAUUUGUACAAAAGAUAAUUUCUACAUCUGCUGUUUUUGCUUCUGCUCUAAGCCAGCAUGUCUUCAUGGUUCUUUUUCAAGUGGAGCAGAUCCACUUUCUUGCUGUUUUACUUCCUUUCAUCAGCGCUUUGAUUUAUUUGCGCCCCCUGCAGUUUAUGUGAAUCAUUGCAAUUGAAUCAUUUCUACCAGGCACCACCUAAAUCUUACUUUAUUUUCUUUUUGAUUUUUUUAAAAGAAAAACAAGGGUUAUUUUCCUUUAAAUUUGUUGGUUUAUCUUUCUUGUUCAUUGUACUAGUUCUCUAUUAAGAAUGUUUUGUAUUUUUUUUUAAGAA